ACAGAGAUCUAGAGAGAGACGGAUCUAGAGAGUGAGUGAGAGAGAGAGAGAGAGAGAGAGAGGUUUAGAGAGAGAUCAGCAUGGUGGUGGCGCUGGGACCCGGGCGGUUCUACGGCAGCAGCCUCCCGCGGCCGCGCUUCUUCCCUGGCGGCGACCGCGUCGACCCGCCGGAGUCCGUCACCGACCCGCUCCUCGCCUGGGCGCGCGAGGCGCACUGGUCCAUGGGCGGCCUCGGCUCCAAGCGCCUCCGCCUCCAGGGCAGGAUCGAGGGAUCCAUCGACAAGCUCCGCCGCCGCGCACGCCGCGAUGCCAGGGUCAAGGCCCGCGCUGCCGGCCAGAAGCCCGCCUCGCUCGCUGCGCUCGGCUCUGACGACGACGUCGCCAGCGACGGAGACUCCGACGAGGAGGCGGCGGCGGCCCAGCAGCGGAUCCUGAACCGGGAGGUCGUCGACGAUGACGAGGAUUCCGACGGGUCCGAUGAGUCGGAUGACGAGCCCCUCGCAACCAUCGCCACGGCGGCCAAGAAGAAGCGCGCGAGGAAGCUCGGCGACGAGUUCGACCGCAUUGCUGCCGUGGAGAAGAAGCAGAAGCCGCCGGCCGCGAUGCCGGCGAGGACGUCGCCGAGGAGGAAGGCCACAGCGGAGGCUUUCGCACCAGCGCCGGCUAGCGCGUCGAUGAAGAGGAAGGCUUCCGCUCCAGCGGCUGGGGCGACUGCGAGGGCCUCACCGAGGAGGAAGGCUGCCGCGACCUUCCCGCCGGUGGCUAGGGCAAGGAGGACCUCGCCGAGGAACAAGUACUGAGCCGUGGUAGCUGUAUGUGCAGCUCUAGUUCCUUGUUCUGUUAUAUCUCUAGCUCUAGGUCUUUGAAGUCGUAGUCCUGAAGAUGUAAUCUGUGCCAAGUGUUGGAAUGAUUAAAUGAAAUGGAAAUAUGGAAUGAAUGCUUAUCUCUGAACUA